CAGCCUGGUUCACCCUGGUCUUCUGAUCCAUUCUGAUCUGUUCUGAUCGUCGUCAGCCGUCUGCCGCCUGGCCGCCAUUUAUAUCAGUUUCACUAGUUUCAACCAUCGAUGUUAAUGUUAAUGUUAAUGUGCCAAUUUUCAUUAGUAAUUGUUUAAGCAAGUACGGUUUUCGUGAAUUCUACAUCAAAAGUUCCACCUGCUUUCUGAAUAUAUCCAGCUUUUGGAAUGCGCUAGCAAACCAUUUGCUAGAGAGAGGGUUUAAAAAUGCAAAAUUGGAACCAAUGGCAAUUGUCAGCUGGUGCUGUUGCCACUCCAAUGCCACAACCACCAGUUGGUUAUGCUGCACCAGGAGCAGAUCCCAUGGCUAUGAUGCAAGCAUACAUGCAGUAUUAUAGUCAACCGGCACCCAGUGGAUACACUUCAGAACAAUGGGCUGCAGCUCAACAACAAAACUGGGCCCAGUGGCAGCAAUGGCAACAACAAUAUCAGCAAUGGCAAGCUCAAUACGGAGAGAAGUAUCAAGAAACGAUGAAGCAUAUAUCGGUGCAGAAUAUGAACCUAGCCAAUCAGGUGUCACAAUUACCAACUGUACAACCUCCACCACCUCUUCCAAAGGAAGACACAAAACCGCCAUUACCUCCAAACACAUAUCAAUUUACAAACAUGCCUCCACCACAUCAAAACAAUCUUCCAUUAUUUCCUGUUAAACAAAAUGCAAAUAUCACAGUGCAAGCUAAUGCACAGAAUUGUCCUCAAAAUCCUCCUUUACCACCGAAUCAGCCACCGCUACCUCCUGAAAACAGUAAUAAUAUCAAAGAAAAUAUAUUAACCGGUAAACGCGGUAGUAGCAGCGUUAGUGAAUGUAAUAGUGCUAAAAGAUUAAAAGUUGAAGAUGAAGAAUUAACAGAGGCUGAGAAAACAUUCGAUGCUCAAUUUAAACAGUGGGAGGAGCAAUUUAACAAGUGGAAAGAGCAAAAUGCUAAUCACCCAGAUAAGACCCAGUACAAACAGUACGAAGCAAAGUGGACAUCCUGGCGGGAGAAGCUUAUCGAACGACGCGAACAGAUGCGUAGAAAACGUGAACAGCAAAAACAGGCAGCCACUAAGACAGAAGUUGAGAAAAAUAAACAGUUACCUGGUGAUGAUAAAAUAAUGAAUAUUUUGUCGAGUACAGAAAACCAGGGAUUGAUCAACAAUUUGUUAGGCAUUGGAAAAACCCUUGGUUUAACUGGAAAACAAAAUAGCAGUGUACCUCCACCGCCACCGCCGCCGCCACCACCAGCAACAGAAACUACGGCAACCAAUGUUCAAACAACGACAAUAACAUCCUCUUGUCAAGUUACACCACAAUCGACAACAGCCCAGUUACCAGUGAAUAUGAAUAUGAAUAUGAAUAUGAAUAUGAUGUCUUCUAACGUAAUGAAUUCUUCGUCAUUUUGGAAUUCUCAACAAUGGACGCCACAGUAUAACGCAGGAGUAAAUAUGUCGAGUUUCCGUAACUUUCAGUCUAUAACUGGUGUGCCUCCGCCAUCUUUUGGCGCACCAUCGACGCAAAUGCCACCGCCAAAUUUUACACAACCACCGCCAAACUUUUCAAAUGUUCCAAAUUUCUCCCAGCCACCGCCGGGUUUUGCUAGUAACGAUAUACGACAAAAUACAAAUGUUCGACCGCUGGUUUCAUCGAAUGUGCAGGGAAGACCUCCUCCUCCUCCUCCUCCUCCACCUCCUCCUCCUCCUCCUCCUCCUCCUUCAUUUAGUUCGAACAAUGGACCCGGUCCUGACGGACAUUUUCCGCGUAACGAUCGUUUAAAUAAAACUGGCACAAUGGGUGGUGGUGGUGGUGGCGGUGGUCAUAAUCAUCCAAGUAACCUUGGUAUUAAUGAAUCUAAUCGACAAAAAGAUGGCACGCCACACGAUCAGUUCCGACCGAAUGAUUUAUUUGGUCAACGAAACGAUAACUACAACAAUCAAUUAAACGAUGAACGAGUAUCGGAAACUUUAUCGGAGCAAUUUAGAAGAGACGAUCGAAAUUAUAAAGAACAAGGAAGUAAUAGUCAACAAUUCGGUCAACAGAAGAUAAAUUUCACCAACGAUAGAUAUCCUCUUGGAAGUGAUGGUUUUGGACCAGGAAAUAAUCGAUUUGGUUCGACAAAUGACAGAUUUGGAUCUGGAAAUGAUCGUUUCGGUUUAGGAAACGAUCGAGCUGAACUUGGUAAUGAUCGUUUCAGAACUGAUAGCUAUAGAUUUGGAUCUGGGAAUGAUCGAUUUGGGCCAGGAAUUGAUAGAAUGGGAUCAGGAACCGAGUCGAUUACCGACCGUUUCGGACCAAAUAAUGAUAACAGAUUUCUUGGUACAAAUAUCGAUCCAUAUGGAAUAGACUUAACAGAAAAAUGCGAUAGAUUUAACAGAAAUAGUUUAGAUCGUUUCGAUCAAAAAGACAUGGGAGAUGGUGGACGCAAUAUCUUUCCAAAUACUUCUCGAUGUUUUAAUAGAAAUAAUCAAUUCGAACCACCGGAUAAACUAGCACCAGAAUUGAAAAAACUUAUGGAGAAACGCAGAGCUGCGUUAGAUGUUUUUAAACCAAGUUUUCUUGAUUCCGAUCAAAGCAUUAGCAUCGGUUCGUUAAGUGAAAGCUUUAAAAAAAUCACUGGCGAUUCUCCAUUUAUGAAAAGUUCUAUUGGGAAUAAUAAUUUUGGCCCGCCGCGAGUAUCUUCUAGUUUCGGACCAGGAGCUGGCGGUGGUUUUGGUAAUUUUCGAAUGGCUGGCGGUGACUUGAAAGCUCAAGGAAAUUUGGAAUUUGGCCCGCGAUGUCCCACAGGAAUUGGACGUAACAAUUCAUUCGAUUUACGGGAUGGGCCAACAGUUUCAUUUCCAGGGCCUACUUCUACUACUACUACUCCUACUACUACUACUACUGCUACUGCUACUGCUACUGCUACUGUUACUACUACUACUACUACUACUACUACUACUUCUACUUGUACUUCUAAUUCUAAUUCUAAUUCUAGUCCGCAGCAAGUGCAAAACUGUGCGAAUACCGAAUUGAGAUCAGAAAUAAUGAAUGUUGGGAUCGAUAAAGAUAUUCGUAAAGAGAAUAAAGAGGAAUCUGCUGACAUGACAGUAGAACAAACAGAAGUAACGAGUCUAAACUCAAACGAACAAAAUAUCGAUAGUUCGCGAAGAGAUCGUUCAGAAAAUUAUCCGGUGCAAAACAAGGUAGCAUUAUUGGAAACAUCGAGCUGGAUAGAAACGCAAUUUCCCGAAGAUAAUUUAUCGCGAAAGAAUGGUAAUAAUGGCAAGGAGAAUGAAAAUCCAUCUGGAAAUUGUAACGCUAUAUCGGAACAGGAUAUGAAUGAAGCAACGGAACGAAAAGAAGAUUUAGCCAACAACGAUUGUACCGAUAUUAAGAAGAAAAUUGAUGUGUUACCGUUUAUGGGAGAAAAUGAUCCAAAACCGGAAGAUUUAAACAUGGAGCCACCUCCGGAAUUUCCAAAUUUGGCUCUUGUUUCCAUAGACGCUAACGAACCACCCACUGAUCCAUCGUACGAUGGAAAAGAGUCGUCUUCCGUGAAAUCCUUCGUUAACGCUCAAGAAUGCCCUGAUCCCAGAGAUAAUAGUUCCCUCGAUAAUCUGUUUAUUUCGAGAGGAAUGCAAUUUAAACCAAGUACAUCUUUGUUUGGCCCUAGAUGUUCCAACGAUAGCAGGUUUUCCGUAUUCGAACCUAGAGGUUUAAUUUUAUUCAAUUCUUCCGAUGCCAAUCAAUCGUAUCCAUCGGGAGCUUGCGUUUCAACCGAUGGACAGUUAGGACCUCGAAGAUCUACCGAUAGUCAGUUGGGUCUACAAGGAUUGACCGAUGGACAGUCGAUUGGUUUACGAAGACCCAUCGACGGACAGUUUGCCGUAACGAGGGCACAAUUUACUCCGAGACGUGCGAAUGAAUCACAGUUUGGUCCAAGAGGAACUAACGACGUACCGUUACCGUGUCGUCCAAAAAAUACCAACGACGGAGUAUUUGCCAGUAGAGGUCCCAUCGACAGUCAGUUUGGAAUACGAGCAGGCCCAAAUACCGUCGGACAGUUUGGUCCGAGAAGUUGUAACGUCGACCAGUUUCCUUCCACGUUCGACGGGCAGUUUGCUCAAAGAAGACUUAACGAUGGCCAGUUUGGAACUCAAGGAUCUAACAACAGACAAUUUGGCGUUGGUAGGGCAUGUGACCAACCUUUCGAUAAUCGAGGUCCUAACGACACGCAAUUUGCUGUUAGACCAUCUAACGAAGCCCAGUUAAAAUUCGCCGGAGCCAACGAUCGAUUUUUCGGAUUGCGACGCAACGAGGCAGCUUAUCAACGAAAUUCGAGUAGCUUGAAAGGUACAAACGACGGGCAAUUUUCCAAUAGAUUCAACGAGAAACAAUGUGAUAUUACUGGCGAAGGAAGUUUCGGAUCUCAAGGUUCGAGCGACGCAUGCUUCGGCGGAACACGAGCUGCUGGUUCGUUUGCGUCUCGAGAUCCUACCGAUAGAUCGUUUGAUAUUCGAGAAAUAGGAACGUUUCGAUCCAAGGGAGAAAUUAAUUAUAGUUUGUGUCCGAAAAGCAGAGAGACAAAUUCCGAAACCGGUAGUUGCGAGAUUCGCGGCGAUGGACGAACGUUUCAAACUAACGACCAAAUGCAGAUCGAACAAAAUAUGCAGCAAAGCCAGUUUAAUUCAAACCAACCAUAUUCGAAAAAUAGUUUCGGCGACAUCGAUCAAAGAUCUGGUCAAGAUUUUGGUUACGGUGAGAAAUCAUUCCAUGCUCAGAAUGAAACAUUUAAUCCAAGCACGCCGAGCAAUAUAGAAUUAUUACGCCGGUCUCCUCUAAAUUCGAGUAAAGCCGAUAUCGUAGCCGAUCAAAGUUCCGAAAAGAGUACGACUGAUUUGACUGUGACAGAUUGUAAAACUGUCUACGGAGAAUCGUCGUUGGCAUGUAAUUAUGGAAAGUUCGAUGGUCCUAAUAUGCAAAUGAAACGAUCGAUCGAUAAUCGACAAUCUCAAGUUAUUUGUCCAGGUGUUAAAGAGUUUUGCAUUGAAAAGCAAUUCAAUUACAAUCACGGUGGUGCCACCGCUGCUGAUAAGAAAUUCAUUGAACAUAUACCUGUUAAAGUGGUCGAUUAUGCUCAUACUUCUCGUUCAUCGAUUCAAGAUCAUCUAACUCCUAUGCAAUGCUUCGAUUAUGGCCAUGGUAAUUUGAAACCACUAGUACCAGAUCGCGAGCUAUAUCCGAAGAAAGAUUUUAGAAAUUGGGAAGAAAAUGAACAAAAUUUGAAGGACUAUACAGAGAAAAUGAGGAGAUACGAACAUUAUUCGAGAGAAACGGAUUCUACGCGAUCUAGAGGUUACAGUCACAGAAGAGACAGCGAGGAAUUUAUUAAUAAUAAGAAACCCGAACGAGAAUAUAGACAGAAAGAGGAGUACAAAGGAAAAGAAUGCGAAGGUAGAUUGUUUCAAGAUCGUAUGCCUCCUCUUAAUAAAGAUCAUCAAAAUAAUCGACACGAUAUAAACACGAAUAAAGAACGAAUCCGGGAAAGGUGUGAAACUUCGCAAAAGGAAACGACUAAAGAGAAUGACAAAGAUGAAGAGAGAUCGAAGGGAAAUAUUAAGUGGCAAGAAAACUCGAACAAGAACGUCGUUGAGACAAAGCCGUCGGAUACCAGUGUUACAGAUAUACAACAGAAUGUGGCCGAGUCAACACCAAAAACUUUGGAACUUCCGAAAACACCAAAUUCUACAAUGGUGGAUGACUUGUUGUGUGCUCCGGGUCGUCAGAACAGACCACCAAAAAUAGCCAUAAUUUUAAGAGGUCCCCCAGGCAGUGGGAAAUCAUUUGUUGCAAAACUGAUUAAAGAUAAAGAAGUUGAGCAAGGAGGCUCCGCACCAAGAAUUUUAAGUCUCGAUGAUUAUUUUUUGGCCGAAAAAGAAAUAGAAUCUAUGGACGACAAUGGGAAGAAAGUUACAGUUAAGGAAAUGAUCUAUGAAUAUGAAGAAGCAAUGGAGCAAAGUUAUGUAACAUCGCUCGUGAAAGCCUUCAAAAAGAAUAUCACCGAUGGUUUCUUUAACUUUAUAAUACUCGAUUGUAUUAAUGAAAAAAUAUCCGAUUACGAAGAAAUGUGGAGUUUCGCUAAAACCAAAGGUUUCAAAGUUUAUGUGUGCGAAAUGGAAAUGGAUUUACAAAUCUGUUUAAAAAGAAACAUUCAUAAUCGCACAGAAGACGAGAUAAACAGAAUUAUAGAUUACUUUGAGCCCACGCCAAGUUACCACCAAAAAUUGGAUGUUAACUCAAUGUUACAAGAUCAGGCGAUAGCAGAGGUUCAUAUGGAAGACAGCGAAGAAACACAGGACAAGCCCUCUCAACAAAAUGAAGAUAGUCAAGACAGUCAGGAUGAUGGCCAAGAUAUCGUUGGAGUAAGCAAAUGGGAACGCAUGGAAGCAGAAGAUAAAUUAGAUCGUUUGGAUGGGCUUGCAAGAAAGAAGAACGAAGGAAAAGUACAAACCAUGAAAGAUUUUCUUCAAGUUCCCGACUAUUAUAAUAUGGAAGAUACUUCUGGUAAAAAACGUGUACGUUGGGCAGAUUUAGAAGAACGUAAAGAACAAGAAAAAAUGCGUGCUGUGGGGUUUGUAGUUGGUCACACAAAUUGGGAUCGUAUGAUGGAUCCAACAAAAGGAGGAAGCGCCUUAACACGUACAAAGUUUUUCUCGCUAUCGUAAUGAUAGUUCUGUUUUAUUUGAGUGAAUCUAACAAAGAAGCGAAAAAGGAAGAUGUCUGCAACUUUCGCAUUCUUCGAAUGAUGAAUUUAAUACAGCCUUAGAUAAAAAUCAUUUAGAAAAAUCAGCAUAAAGUCGUUUCAGCUUUUGUAAAUUACUGUAUAUAAUAUAACUGUAAUGAAAUUGUUUUCAUUGCACAUUUUUAUAUGUAAUUCAUGCAUUAUGUGUAAGAUAGACCUAUAACAUAAGUGUACAUGAUAGUUAUACACUGCCUACCGACAGUUUUAUCACUGAGAAUAAAGAAAUAUGCAUUAUUAAGUUUAAAGAAAUAACCAUUGUACGAAUGAAAUAAAGAAUAAAAUGCAAAAAAUUAUACAACAUUU